CAGGAAGCCAGGGUCUGCGGAGAAGGGAGAUUUGUAGACCCUCCUCAUCUGGAACUACAAACCCCACAAGGCUUUUCGCCGGGGUCAUUUGACUCCUGACCGCAGGGACGGAAGCCAUUUGUUGCCAGGCAACAGAAACUCCCACCGGGUUGUGGAGGGAGACAGCGAUAUGUGCGAGGGCCCUUCCCGCAUCUCUGGGCCCAUCCCCCCAGACCCUACCCUCUGCCCUGACUACUACCGACGGCCAGCCUCGGCCCAGGGGCGCCUCCAGGGAAACUCGCUGAAGCUGGACCUGCUGACUUCGGAUCGCGACCUGGACUCCAACCCUCCCCAUGGCCCCCGGAUCAGGCCUGGAGCCCGAGAGAUCCUGGAGCGUGGCCAGCGAGGCGUGGGGGAAGUGCUGCUGCAACUAGGAGGCAUCUCCCUUGGUUCAGGGGUCUCUCCGAAGAGGAAGGUUCCCAAAGACUACGAGAAGGAAAACCUCAAGCGGAUCAGAGAAAUUCAGAGGCGCUUCCGAGAACAGGAACAUAGCAGGGAACAGGGCCAGCCCAAGCCCCUGAAGGCACUGUGGCGCUCACCCAAGUAUGACAAGGUGGAGUCUCGAGUCAAGGCCAGGAUGCAGGAACCUGGCCCUGCCUCUGCAACAGAGCCUCCCUGCUUCCUGCGAGCACACUCCCACUGUGGCCCUGGGCUCUCACCAUCCCAUGUCCCCAGUCCUCAGCUCACUCCACCAGGUCCCAAAACUAAGGGGGCAGGCCUGGGUGUGGAUUUCAUUAGUCACAAUGCCCGAGCUGCCAAGAGGGCCCCCCGGCACCAUACCCGCUCGAUGCAGGUCCUUGCACAGGUUUUGGAGCAGCAGAGGCAAGCCCAGGAACACUACAACGCCACACAGAAGGGCCACGUGCCACAUUACUUGUUGGAGCGCAGGGAUCUGUGGCGGCAGGAGGCUGAGGCCCGCCAGCAUUGCCAGCCAGACCCUGCCAUACCCCCAGGCCACACACUCAUGCCUGAGAAGCAACGGCUAGAGACACUGAACAAUCUGCUCCAGAGCCAGAGCCAGCUGCUACGUAAACUAAUUUUGCUCCCUGCUGGUGCAGACUCUUUAAGAGCCCAAGGUCACCGUGCUGAGCUGGACCGGAAGCUGGUGCAAGUAGAAGAGGCCAUCAAGAUCUUUUCCCGCCCCAAAGUUUUUGUGAAGAUGGAUGCCUAAGCCCCCUUUUAUGGAAAGGGUGGCAGGGAUAUCCAUGCUGAGGAUCACAAGGCUACAAAGGGCAGGGUUCUAAGACAGGUGCAGUGGGGUGGGCAGUAUCUCCAAAGCACUCUUCCUAGUCACCAGUGGCUGCAGAAGGGCCAUCCUAGCCUUUCAGCCCCUUUGUCAGAAUUAAACCUUUUGUAACACA